CUACAGCACAUCAGCUCCCACACGAAUGAAUGGCUGCUCACUUCACAGGUGUCUUAACGUAGCUGGAGAAGACCACUUGUGUGUGUUAGACGUGUGUAUCCGGAUAUGUGAAGCUUAAUAUGUUCCGCAGGGGGUAAAUUUAAGCUCACAUACUUGACUGUCUGCUAACAUUAGCCUAGCUCGUGUAAACUUGCACCGAGCAACCCUUUGCACAGCUUUGAAGGACGCUGUAGCAUGCUUUACUGAUUUUAAACUUUCUGUACGUCUCAUUUAUAAGUGGAGCUGCGUGUCAUUAAUUUGCAUGCAGCUCAAGUGAUUUUAUAAAUAUAUCUUGCUACCUUGCUCUUUUUUUUGUUUUGUUUCUGCACAAGUUAUGAAGGAGCUUUUGAGAAACAUACACCGCUUGUUUGUAAAGGUCGCCCUCUUUCCGAGCACAUUUGGCAGGAGGGUGCCUCUGCCCGCUGCCUCUGAGGUGCUCACCUGUCACCUGCUGCAGCGUCGCCUCCCGCCAUGGACCUCCUACUGCGUGCGCUACUCUGCCGUCCAUAACGACCAGUUUGGGCUGUCCAACUUUAACUGGACAGUUCAGGGCUCCAACUAUCAAAUACUGAGAACAGGCUGCUUCCCCUUUAUCAAAUAUCACUGCACCAAAGCCCCAGCACAGAACCUGGACUUUGAGGACAAGUUUUUCAGCAUGUUGAAGGUUAUUAAUCUAGGUAUCCCAUGUUUGGCCUAUGGUAUUGGUUGCUGGAUGGUGGUGGGCGCUAAAGAAACAGUCCAGACGAGUGUCGGACCCGUCACAGUCUAUUUUGCCUACAAGGAAGACGAAGGUGCACAGUAUUAAACCAUGAAAACAGACUGUUUUCAAGAGGAUAUUGUCUACCUGUAUUUACAACACUUACCCAGGACAUGAUCAGGUGGACCUGUUGAUUGACAGAAGUGCCAUCACGUGUCACGGGUGUAUUGUCUGACUGCACAGGUUCAUUUUGUAAUUAAUUAUUUAAGAUUUAAAGUUGCAAUGGAGGAGUCAGUUAUGCAUGUUAUUACACUGACAUACAAUACUGGCAGUGUUUAUUCAGAACGCCAACUUUUCAUUAAAGUUUAAUGAAAAGUUUAGGAUUUCUCUAAGAAUAGACAGUUUGUUUCAAUGCCUCUACCUGUAUGUUUUCACAGCUCUCUCUGUGAAUGUUGAAUUUACCUCCUGUGCAUAUGUAUAAAUUGUAAAAAUGUAUUUUUGUAUAAAAUAAAGUACACAG